GAUUCCCAGCUCAACGCCGCCACGAGCCCGCCUCCUAUCCUGUUCCCGACUCCAACCUAUAAAUCUUCGAGACAGGAGAAUCCAAGUAGACGGCGUGCGGCGAUGAGUUCGUUGGGAAGCGGGGUGAUGACCACUGGCUUGAUGCUCGUGUUGCUCGCUGUCAAUGCGGGCAUCACCUCCGGCGGCGGCUACCUCUUGCACCUCAGUCUCCUAGGGGUUCUCGCUGGUGUCAACCUCAUCGUCAUUGGUGUCUGGAUGACUGACAAUCCGACGGCCUUUGUCGCCAUCAUGUUCCCCGACAUAGGUGCGCUCGCAGCGUUCCCGCGUCGCAACCUUGCCAUCAUAGGGCUCAUCAUGGUUUCGUCCGCCAUCAAGGCUGCCGCCGGCGCGGCGAGCCCCGCGCUCUGCUUCGGCCUCUUUGCUCUGUUACUACUGGGGAUUUCACUCAUCAACUUGGAGUUUUCGGCAAAUAGUUGAUGCAAUUCUUGGAUGUAUUGAUGCUCUCGUAAUUCUUCAACCGAUGGCCACUGUCAGUCUGCUCAUUCUAUAUUGUAUCGUAAUUGUCCUGGAUAAUUUAGUGGAUAUAUGUGUCAAUGGAACACCUGCUAGCAAAGUUUGAUGACUCAUAGAGCAUAUCCUGUUCCACAUCUGCAGUGACUCGAUUCAGGAGCCUGUAAUAUUCCUUUCGAAAUGAAAAGGAAUCCAGAUUGUAAUUUUUCUUUAGAGUUUUUACUUUUAAUUGAGCAUCUAAAUAGUACAAUUGUUAUA